AUGGCAUUGCCAAGCUUUAUUGCUCUUGGAUUCAACCCCAAAGGUGUUUACUUGACCUAUGUUGCUGAUGGUGGAAACAUCGAUGGGUAUCUCAAGUUUUUCGAAACUGAUGUUGAGAGCCCAUUUGCAAAAUUCCAAGUGGAGGUUGCUAACGCAGAUGGUUUGUUCCACAUACGAAGUUGCCAAAACAACAAAUAUUGGGAAAGAAGCAAAAAUCUUUCCAUCACCGGAAACCCAUUGGAGCAGUAUUGGAUUACUGCAACCGCCGACAAGAAGGAGGAAGACCUGUCCAAGGAGUCAUGCACGUUGUUCAAGUGUAUCCCUGUGGACUCUACUAUGACUUCGGUCCGGAUUGUUCAUGUCCAAUCAGGAUGCUAUUUAUGCUUAUGGAAGUUGGCUGAUCCAUCAUACCACGGCAUCGUGUUGGCAAACUACCGAAUUCAUGAUCAUCAAGGCUGUGAUAUCUUCCAACUUAUUGAUUUGAAAUUGCCAACCGCGAAGUUGAUCACACUUGGAUUCAAUCCCAAAGGUGUAUACUUGGGCUAUGUUCGUGAUGCUGAAACCAUAGAUGGUUAUCUCAAAUUUUUCGAGACUUAUGCUGAGAGCCCAUAUGCAAAAUUUGAAAUGGAGGUUGCUAGCGCAGAUGGUUUGUUCCACAUAAGAAGUCGCACAAACAACAAAUAUUGGGAAAGAAAGCAGUAUUGGAUUACUGCAACAGCCAGCAACAAGGAGGAAGACCAGUCCAAGGAGUCAUGCACGUUGUUCAAGUUUGCCCCUGUAGACCCUGCUAAGAAGACGGUCCGGAUUGUUCAUGUGCAAUCAGGAUGCUAUUUAUGCCAAUGGGGUUUGGCUAAUCCAACAUACGAGUCCAUCGUGUUGGCAAACUACCAAAUUUAUGAUCAUCAAGGCUGUGAUAUCUUCCAGCUUAUUGAAUGGAAUUAA